AUGAAGCUGUGCGUUUCUUAUGCUGGAAAAGGGGUCAGCGACAACCUUGACUUUCGAUUCGUCAUCCAACUUGAUGCGAAAAAGGGAAACAGUAGUCGCGCUCGCUUUCUUGAAAGUAGCAGUGUGUACAAGAUGACGUUGGAUUCGGUUCCGUUGAGGAAAGGGGAACAGUGGUGUGAACGACGCUACAUAUAUCUGAUCGACGAAAUCCGUGACAAACUGAGCCCGAUUAUAGUGCAGGUUAAUUACAACAUUUCUCAGGAUACCUUCGGAUCUGCCUUAACCCCGAUCAAGGACGCAUAUCUCCCAGAAGUUUUGACCGGCGAGAUUCAAAUACAGAAGGACUGCGGAAAAGACAGCAUUUGCAUUCCUGAUCUUCAGCUUCAUCCAUCGCUAAGCAAAGAGUCGGUGUACGUUGGAGCAGAUGACCGUUUCAACGUCAGCGUCAUGAUUCACAACCUCCUGGAAGACGCUUUCGAAGCGCAGUUUUUUUUGUUCGCGCCGGUGGGACUCGAUUACGAGGGAUUUUCCCGCGAUGUACCGACGAGGCCGAUCAGCUGUUCCCCUCCAAAGGAGGUAGACGAUAAGUUGUACGUCCUUGUGUGCGACAUCGGGAACCCGUUGCCGAAGAAUGCUACCGUUCGCUUUAACAUGCAGUUUUCGACUCAGAACUUUGUCUCUUCUGCUGGAAGAAUAUCCUUGAAAUUAAUUACGAACAGCACAAACAACGAAAGCCUUGAAACUCAGGCGGAUAACGAAAACAUUAUCGAAAUUCCGUUGGAAGUGAAAGCGGAUUUCAUCGUCACCGGCGUGUCGAAGAAUGAGACGUACGGAUACCAACCUUCUGAUUUCGUCGACCCAACAAUUUUUGACUCUGACGCAGGUCCUACUGUUACGCAUAUAUACGAGCUCAUCCUUUGCGUUUUUCAGGUUCGAAACUUAGGCCCGACCACUUUCUCCGAGGCAUCGCUCGACAUUUAUUGGCCUAGUUUUUUCAAAGACACGGAAAAGCCGUUAUUGUACCUCGUAAACGAUAUUCAGACGGAAGGCAGAAUCACUUGUGAAUUGAUUCAGAAAGGAAACAUAAACCCGGAAGGCUUGGUGAGUUUAAAACUCUCUACUUCGUUUUAAAA